UCUGCUCUCUCUCUCUCUCUCUCUCUCUCCAGAAUGCUUCUCGCUCUGCUUUUGGAUAGAUAUCCUGUAGAUAGACUUAACCAAUAAAGCACUGUGCAUCACAUUUUGGGAGAGGAGCAUUAUGGAUAUUUUCCUCUCAUUCUUCAUAAGUGCUGUUGUUUUGAUAUUGGAACAACAAGCCUACACAGCAUCCGUCUUAGUCCGACCGUCCCGUGCAAACAGAAGUCCACCUGUGAACUCAACUCUUCAAAUGCACCGCCGUGACAAACGCUGUUCCUGUGAAAACCUGAAGGACAAGGAAUGUGUUUACUUUUGCCACAUAGGAAUUGUUUGGGUCGAUACACCCAGUCAGGUCAUUCCCUACGGUGUUGGCUCGCUUCAUGUGCGUCUAAGGCGAGAUGUGAAGCGAUGCCUUUGCACAGACAAAAGAGAUUCAAAGUGCCUGCAGUUUUGCUCUCGCGUCGAAGAGGAACAUGUCUCGGUCAAAAGAAAUCUCAGACACUUCAAAGAACAUUACAAGUCUAGACUCUCUCUGAGACUGAGGCGGUACAAUCCAAUCCAAACAACCUGAAAAGGGUGAAAAAAUAUAUUUUGUAAUAACUUACUGUGUAUUAUUUCUGAUUCAGGAAGAAAGUCUGACGUCUAAACUUCAGUGCCUUGUAACUGUUGUUGUGAUGGAUCACAAGGUACAUUAUUAGACAUUGUUCAGCUUUUUCUUGUUAUGAAACGCUUGCAUCUCAACCGUACAGUAGAUACAGCAAGUAGAAGUGAUACAGUAUAUUCUGACUGUCAGUAUAUUGCAAAAGUAUUGUAAAAUUAUAUUGCUUCAAAUUUUCCAGGGAUGUUUCUUUAUAAUGCAGAUGCAAAAGAUGAGUAGAAUGUUUAGAGCAGACCGGAUCAUUGACUUUAAUAUUUAUUGAGGCCAUAGUGGCUUAGGUACAUUGUGAUUGUUAUUAAACAUAUUUGGCCUAAGUCGAUAAUUGUGGGAUCCAGUUUAUUCUUAGAAUUAAGAAAUAGAAAAUACUUGGGCAAAAGUAAGAGUUUGAGGUCCAGACCUCAGUUGCAAAAAAAGUCCUCAUUUACACACCCUACUCGAGUUGUUGCAAAUCUGUAUAAACUUCACAGAGAACACAGAGAAAGAUAUUUGGAAGAAUGCUUGUAACUAAGUUUGUGGCCACCAUUGACUACCAUAAAAGGAAAAAUUGCAAAGGUAGUCAAAAGUGCCCCAGAACUCUUUGCUGUCCCACAUUCUUCAAAAUAUCUUUUUGUGUUCAACAGUUCAACAACAAAAAAUCUUGGUAAUUAAUGGUGGCCAUCUGUAUGGUUACAAGUAUUCUUCCAAAUAUCUUUCUGUGUUCAUCAGAACAAUGACAUUUAUACAGAUUUGGAACAAUUUGAGGUUGAGCGAGUUGAUCACAGAAUUUUCAUUUUUGGGUGCACUGUUCCUUUAAGGAGUUUCUUGGAACUAACUGCAGAGAUUUAAGUUUAUUUCAAGGUCACUAUAAAAGCUAUUGUAAAUAAAGAAAAAUGUUUUGCAAAGAGAUGCAUUUAAAAGAAAAUACUGUAUGUGGAUAUGAUUUUAUAAU